GUAAUUGUAUAUACACUCUUUAUUUUUAAAAGCAAAAGAUUCUUCUGGAAAGUAAGUGCACAUUGGAGAAAUGGUUGAUCACAUUAAACAAGCAGCUUCAGCGAUCAAAAAUGCAAAAGCUUUGCUUAUCACUACUGGUGCAGGCAUGGGAGUGGACUCUGGUUUGCCAGAUUAUCGAGGACCUGAAGGACUUUGGAAAGCAUAUCCACCAAUAAAAGAAAGGGGAUUAACCCUACCAGAAAUGAGUACACCCAGUUGGUUUGAAGAUGAUCCUCAAUUCGCUUGGGGAUUUUUCGGUCACAGAAUAAAGCUCUAUAGAACUACCCAGCCACAUGAUGGUUUUGAAAUUCUUAAAAAAUGGGGAGAGAAGAUGGAGUGUGGUUAUUUUGUCUACACAAGUAAUGUUGAUGGUCAAUUUCAAAAAGCUGGUUACGAUAAGUACAGGAUAGUUGAGUGUCAUGGUAGUUUACAAUUUCUGCAAACAAUUAACGGUGAUGAGUCCAUUUGGGCAACACCAGAAGAAUUGGACCUUGUAAUUGAUCAUAAGACGUUGAAAGCACAACCACCCCUUCCAACUGGACCACCAGGUGCUCCUUCUGCGAAUCAGAUGCUGGCCCGGCCUAAUGUACUGCUGUUUAACGACCUUUGGUGGGUAACAGAUAGAACUGAUAAACAAUUGUCCAGACUAUGGCCUUGGCUGGAAAAUGUGCGAAACCAACCACUUGUUGUUGUUGAGAUUGGUGCUGGUUUGGUCAUACCUACUGUAAGACAUUUUAGUGAAGAAACUGUCGAGAAUUCAACUAACGAAAACACAAGAUUGAUUAGAAUCAAUCCGAAUGAUCCUCAGGUAAGAAGAUCGGUUGAUAUUCCACUGUCCAUGACAGGUCUCGAAGCAUUGAAAAGAAUUGAUGAAUGCAUCAAAGCGUGACUUGUAUGGUGACUUGUGGUAUUGAAAUGUGUUUAUAUUUGUUUUAUGUCAGUAAAUUUGUUUAGUCUUAUACCAAGGAACUACUUGCUUACACAUAGUUUUGUAUAAAUCUUGUAUAUUUUUAGUGUUUUGUUUUUAUCUUAAGAAUUGUAGAAUAGCUCCCAUAUUGAACAUAAUUUUAAGCGGCUUUGACGUUGAUUAAAAUUCAGCAAUGGAUUGGGAAAGUAUAGAAGAAAUUGUGCUGACUACAUUUUUGGUGGAGCAAAAGUGUUUGUUUUUAUAAAGAACGAUGAAAUUAUGUACAGUGAUUCGUACUAAUUUUGCGCUUUCGCGUAAAAAGCGUGUUUAACAAAAUUUAACACAUUAGGCGCAAAAUAUAACUCUACAGUUUCAAUGAAACGCAUUAAAUUUUGUUAAUACCUAUACCUCGCCUAAAACAAAAGUUAUUGAAAAAAGAAAUUUUAUUUUAUUUUCUUAAAUAAUGGAUUUUAUUUUUCAUAAAAAAAUCAAAUUUUUCGUGCUUGUAACACUUCUAACAUUUCAAAAAGAAGCAUCUCUUCCGAUUUAGUUAUAUUUGUCCUGAAUAUAUUGACAUCAAAUUAGGUAUAUGAUUUAAAAAGAGGAAAAAAAUUUAAAAAAAUAUAAAAAAUACAUUUUUUGAAAAAAUAAUGACCUUAGAAUUAUUUUUACAUGUCAAAUAACUUUAACUUUUGCUAGGUAUUGUGUCAAGCUUCGUUGUCAUAUCAUUUAUACUUCCCAGAUGUCAAUAGCGGUCAAAGUAAAAAGUAACCUGGUUUCUCUUUAAGCAUGAUUAAAAAAAAGGAGAUUUUUGUUUCUAAGCACAAAAAUGUUUUGAACAUAUAAUUUGCUUUGGUAGUGAAUGUUGAUAGUUCGCUUGCAACACUAAAGAAAUUGCGUAUUUGGUUGUGGUCUUACAUUAAUACCAGUAUAAGGAUCAAAUUCGUGUAAAAAAUGCACGAAAUGUUUUCAUCUAAGUUCCCGUGGACUUUCCACGUGCUAACGAAUAGUUUAAUUUUUAAUUCUGUAUGUAAAGUCUUUAUAAGUAUUUAACAUGUGCACUUGCGCACUGAUAAUUUUUAAUGUAUUUAAAUAUUUUCCUAUAUUUUAGAAUUUUGUAUUUUAAAUUAUUUAAUGAUAAAUUUCUACUAUAAAGCGAA